ACCUCUAUAUCUAUACCUUCUCUACUCUCUCUUCUUGUCUCUCUUCUGAUCAAAACAUGGCGGGUGGUGGAUUCGUUGCCGCCGGCCAGCCGGGUAAGACAUACCCGGGAAGGCUUACGUUCUACGUGGUGAUGGCCUGCAUCAUUGCAGCUUCAGGUGGUUUGAUCUUUGGCUACGAUAUCGGUAUUUCUGGUGGAGUUACAUCCAUGGAUUCAUUCUUGAAAAAGUUUUUCCCUUCUGUGUACCGGAAGGAGAAGGAAGACACGUCGACCAACCAGUACUGUAAAUUCGACAGUCAGACUCUCACCAUGUUUACUUCGUCUCUCUACCUUGCCGCUCUUGUGGCAUCUCUCUUCGCUUCCAUUGUGACCAGAAGAUUUGGAAGGAAGCUUUCCAUGUUUUUGGGAGGUAUUGUUUUCCUAGCGGGAGCUGCCAUCAAUGCGGCAGCGGUUAAUGUGGCCAUGCUCAUCAUCGGCCGUAUCUUGCUUGGUGUCGGUGUGGGUUUCGCCAAUCAGUCUGUCCCACUGUAUCUCUCGGAAAUGGCUCCUUACAAUUACCGUGGGGCUUUGAACAUCGGCUUCCAACUCAUGAUCACGCUGGGAAUCCUCUUCGCCAAUCUCAUCAACUAUGGCACUGCUAAGAUCGAGGGUGGCUGGGGGUGGCGGAUAAGCUUGGGCGGUGCCGCCGUUCCUGCUUUCCUCAUUGCCUUCGGCUCAUUCUUCCUUCCCGACACACCCAACUCCAUCAUAGAGCGUAACAUGCCGGAGAAAGCAAGGAACAUGCUCCGGCGCAUCCGUGGCACCGACGACAUCACCGAGGAGUUCAACGACCUAGUGGCCGCUAGCGAAGCAUCGAAAACGGUGGAGCACCCGUGGACUAACAUAUUGCAGAGAAAGUACAGACCCCACUUGGUGAUGGCCAUCGCCAUUCCUUUCUUCCAGCAACUCACUGGUAUCAACGUCAUCAUGUUCUAUGCCCCGGUUCUCUUCAAAACCAUCGGGUUUGGAUCCGACGCUUCGCUAAUGUCGGCAAUCAUCACUGGCUUGGUUAACGUUCUCGCCACAUUCGUCUCCAUCGUUACAUCAGACAAAUGGGGUCGACGCGCAUUGUUCUUGGAGGGUGGAACUCAGAUGUUUGUGUGUCAGAUCGCGGUGGCAAUCCUGAUCGGGAUGAAAUUUGGAUUGGAUGGUCAGACAGACGGGUUGUCGAAGGGAUACGCCGGGGUUGUGGUGUUCUUCAUCUGCCUAUAUGUGUCGGGAUUCGCGUGGUCCUGGGGGCCGCUAGGAUGGCUGGUGCCGAGUGAGAUAUUUCCACUGGAGAUACGGUCGGCCGCCCAGAGUAUCAACGUGGCUGUGAACAUGUUGUUCACCUUCGCUAUAGCUCAGGUGUUCUUGACGAUGUUGUGCCACUUCAAGUUCGGACUGUUCUUCUUCUUCGCCGGGUGGGUGUUGAUCAUGACCAUCUUCAUCUUCUUCUUGUUGCCGGAGACGAAGGGAGUGCCCAUCGAAGAGAUGAUGCAUGUGUGGAGGCAGCACUGGUUCUGGGGCAAGUACAUUCCUGAAUCGAAUGAUAGUUUGGAGAUGGGAAGCGGAAUGAAUCCCAAGUCUGUGAACUAAUUGGUCGAUCGAUGCACAAAUCAAACGCUCGUCGCUCGUCAGGGGUGGCAACAUAAUCUCAUUUGUGAUUUCUUCAUUAAUUGUUCUACUAUCCUCUUCUCAUCUAUACUUACUAGUUAGAGACAUAGAAGUCGUCAUUAGGCCUAAGGGUUUAAUAAUGAUACUAAAACGUUUUUUUUUUUUUUUUGAAUUCUUUGCUUUUUGUAUGGGUGAAGCCAGAGGGCAGAAGGGUGUGACUGAUGUGGUUUUAGCAACGGCAUAUAAAUGGUUGAAAUUGGAAAUUGCUCAAUUGUUAUUUGGGUUGAA